AUGUUAAUUUCCAAUAAAGUUGUUGUAAAACAACAACCCAACUGGCCUCAGAUAUUCAGAGGGGGCAGUGUGACCCUGACCUGCUCUGUGAACCCAUUAUCAUCAUCUGGAUGGAAAUACUACUGGUACAGAGAUGAGAAAUCCUCUGAAGCCCUGACCACACAAGAUGCAGUUUUCCACUCAAAUGGACAAAUCAGUGUCUCACAGGAAGGACUCUACAGGUGCAGAGGAGGAAGAGGAAACCCAGUUUACUACACAGAGGACAGCCAGUCAGUCAGGAUUGGGAAAACUGUAACAGUCUCAAACAGGCCUGUUGUGACUCUGUAUCCAAACUGGUCUGAGAUAUACAGAGGAGAGACGAUCACUGUCAGAUGUGAGAUCCAUGGAGGAGACACUGAGUGGGAUUAUGAGUGGGAAACAAACAGCAGGAUAAAAGCUCCAAAUCAAAAUGAAUACAGGAUUAGAUCUGCUUCACUGAACUGUGAGGUUGAACAUCCGUCUGCAGGAUGGAGCUUCUACUGG